GAUAAUAAUUAAAUCAUUAAAAAUUAAAUACAUGUGAACUAAGCUGGUUGAUAGGUAUACAUUAAUGAAAAACAUGGUUUGAAUCGUGAUUUUUACCUAUAUUUUCAAAAACAAAAAUAAGAAUGUCAUCUAUUAAAGCACGCAGCAGCAUUGAUGAUUCCAAUUUUGGUAUCAAAUCAUUCGAGUUUGUGUUCAUGUUUAACAAGAGUACCGGAAGCCCGAAAGUUUUUUAUUUAAUGGUGGACCCUAUCGGAAAAUGUCGACUUUUCCCAAAAACGAACACAGUUCUUUUCCCCAAGUUGAAAAAUCUUGUGAACUUUCGCGCAGUUGUCUUAGAUGAUUGUUUAUAUAUUAUUGGUGGUAAAGAUUGGGAAACAGGAGAACAUAUAGAUAAAACAUGGAGGUACGAUCCCGCAAACAGUCGUUGGAUUCAAAGAGCUAAUUUGAUCAAUGCAAGAUGUCGUCAUACAGCAACAGUACUAAACGGAUGUAUUUACAUUACAGGGGGAGAGGUAAUUGGAGGAAGAGUUACAGAAAGUUGUGAAUGUUAUGACCCAGUAAAAGACAAAUGGACAGAAAUUCUAGAUUUACCCAGACCGAGGGCUGAUCAUGCAGCAUGUGCGAAUGGGCUGAACUUGUAUGCUUCCGGUGGCAUCAGUAAUUUGAAGCAUCAAUGUUCUAACGUAUUUUGGACAUACGACCCCAUCACUAAUGAGUGGACAGAGCCUCUUCCUGGAGUAAUUCUCCCACAUGAAAGAGAAAAGCAUAAUAUGAUCUCAGUUGGAAAAAGAGUGGUAGUUAUAGGAGGACGUGGAUUUGACCAAGAGACUUUCUCAGAAAAAGACGAGGGAGCCGUUUGCAGUUAUAACACACAUACGAAAGGCAAUGCGAGAAAAGACGGGAUUUGGGACAUAUUCCAUCCUAAUGUUUUCAAUCCAAGAGGAAAUGCUGGUGUUGUACUGUUGGGAAGAAAUUUGUAUCUGAUGGGUGGUAAAAGUUAUCAAAAGGACUGUGAUGUCAGAAUGGUUGAAUGCUAUAACACAAAGAGACGGAAGAUUAGAGAAUCGUUUCAGCUACCAGACAGUUUUAGCUAUGUCAACGUUGAUUGCGUUGUUCUUAAAGUGCCUAUCACAAAUACAGAUAUUAAUUUUGAUGAUAUAUUGUUGUAUGACAAAUAUAUAAUGUGGUAGAAUUUUUCACUAGUCAAUUAUGUCACUAUCUUGCCUGAAAUUAUACUUUUUAGUCAGUUUAAAACUGUACCUCGGAAACAUGAAAAGCUUUACAAAGAGAUAAAAGUAUAUGUUUUGGUCUAAGAAAAGUCGUCACAACAAAAUACGACCACUUGUAGAUGCAACUUAUUUUUUUAUGCAAGUGCUAUAAACGAUGCCAAUAAAUAUUAGUUAUUUUG